AUGGCUCUUCCUCUUUUGCCAUUGUCCUUAGUCUUACAAGCUUUUGAUGAUCUAUAUGAAUCACUUCUUCAAGCACCACCACACAAGAUUGAUCUAUUGAAACCUUUGUUUCAGUACUUUGAAAAUCAAUGGAUAAAAAAAGACGAUUUAAAACAACGGAAUGUAUAUGGUUUAGAAAUCCGCACAAAUAAUAAUGCUGAGGGUUUCCAUCAUUUUUCAGUACUUAGAUAUUUUAUUCAAUCUUACACAAUUUUAGGUAUUCAUAAUCGACUCAAUUCAAGAUUAUCUAAAUCUCAUCCAAAUAUUUGGACCUUUAUUAAAUGCAUUCAGAGAGAAGAAAACAGGUUUAAUCAUUUGAUGAUUCAAAUGAAAGCCGGUCUUUCUACUCGACCAAAAACUGCUAAAACACAAGCUAUACAACAAAGACUUGAUACUUUAUAUACACGGUAUAACAAUAGUGAGAUUGUUGCUAUGGAACUUUUUGAUGGACUAUCGUAUGUCAUGACUAAAAAUAUAUCAUCAAAAAAGAAGUAA